AUGUCUGAUCGAAGGAAAUGUGUGUUCGGGUGUAAAGGGGUGAAUACUCUGUUUGGAUUACCCAAAGCGGAAGAUCAACGCGGGCCCUGGCUGGACUUUAUCCACAGCCACGACCUGGAGCCUCAAACAUCGGGAAAGAACAUUUUAGUUUGUGACCGCCACUUCACCAGUGACUGUCUCCAGACCUGCGGCUACUUUAACUCGGGCCUGUCCCAGAAGCUCAUAUUGAAACUAUUUCCCUCUGCUGUUCCAACAAUCAAGCCCGUUAUCAUUAAGGAGGAAGCUGACAUCAAAGAGGAGCCGGCAGAUAUCUCUUUGGAGCAGUAUAAUCACUUUGAGGGAGCUUCCGUUUCAAAGUCUGAGUUCUCUCCAUCUGCGGAUCGCCCUGUGUCUCAGAGUCUGUCCCUGUGUGCAAAGAAACCUCCAGAGACAACUCUAAAGCCUCCACUCACCCGCUUUAAAAGAGGAAAAAAGUCUAUGUUCACCCAGCUGUCCCCCCACACCUUCAGAUCCAUCAGGAGCAAAGCUGUCCAGGCUUCUCCUGCGAUCAUCAGAAAAGGACAUCAGACUAAACCCUGGAUCGAGACUCGACCCAAGAAACGGCCGCGGCUCGACCUCGAGGAAGAGGAGGAUGAGGUGGUGUUUAAGGCUUCAUCCCAUGGACAUGAGGCUCACAUAGACCCAGAAGCCAGCUAUGAGGACACCAAGUACAUAGUGUUUGAAAAGAAUCUGCAUGAGCUGUUUGAGCAGUGUCCGGUGUGUGCAUGUGCGUGUGCGGUGCAGAGGAAGAGACGUGGAUCCUUCGUCUCCUUCCUCCAGGUUUGUCCCGGGUGCUCGUACAGCCGCUCGUGGCAGAACCAGCCUCUGGUGAGGAGUACUCCUGUGGGCGACCUCCAGCUGGCUGCUGCUGUCUUCUUCUGUGGGGGGUCCUUCCAGAAGACACACAGGAUCUGCAAAGGACUGAAUCUCCAGAUCCCCCAGCUGGACACAUUCAGGAAACAUCUGCAGAUGUAUCUACAACCAGCUGUUUGCCAUAACUGGAAGAUACACCGGGAAAGUGCGUUUGACCGACUAAGAGAGCAGAGGGAGCUCCCUGUGGCCGGAGACAUGAGCUUCCAUUCUCCAGGACCGGAAGCCACAGUGGGAAGUUACACCACAAUGAAUCUGAAAAACCAUGAAAUCCUGAACAUUGAACUUGUACAGAGCAAAGACAUUGGUGAAAAAAAAGUGAAAGGUCUGGAGACGCGAGGCCUGAAACGAAGCCUUCGGCGGCUGGAGGCCGGCGGAGUGAAGGUGGACUACAUGGUCACCGAUCGACGAUCCAAUGUCCAGAAGUAUCUACAGAAGAAACAAAUCCCCCAGUUCUAUGAUGUGUGGCAUUUGGAGCAAGAGUUAUCAAGCAGACUGGACAAGCUGUCGGAGAAGUUCCUGAUUGUGAAGAAGUGGUCAGCAGCAAUAAAACACCACAUGUACUGGGUUGCUGCUUCGUCCAAAUCUGAAGAAGAGAAAGUCGCAAAGUGGAUUUCUCAAAUGAAUCACAUGCAGGACAUCCACCAGCACGACAACCCUCUGUUCCCCUCCUGUGUCCACUCAGAAAGAGAGACCAGGGACCCAGAGAAGUGGUUCAAGCCAGGCUCUAUACCUCUGCUGGAGGUGGAGAAGCUCCUCCUAAAUUGGCGAGUUCUGCGUGACAUUCCAAAGCUCUGUUCUAAUCACCAUGCAGCUUCACUCCACGCGUUUCAUGACGUCAUCCGGAUGUUUGCUCCGGACUCAGAACACUGCUCUGUCGCGGAGAGAAAGUGCAGGAUGUUCCUGGCAGCGAUGCACUACAAUGAGAACAUGGCGCACGAACAGGAAAUUGAGACCCAGAUCCAGCUUUGGAUAUGUUCGUGA